CUGCUGCCAGGUGGGUUAGAACAGGAUGACAGGAUUCAGACGCACGCAGGCUCAGUAAGCGGAGGAAGCCAGUUUAGGACGGGUGAUGAUGUGGAUAUGAAAUGCGAAGAGGGCGACUGGCGAUGAAAGGGGGAACAAAACCAACAGCUUGCGUGUAGGCUACGUGGAAAUAAUGGCGAUGUGAACCUACCAGAAGCUAGCAUCAAAAAGCCAAAUAAACCAAAUCGUCAGCCAGUAUGAUGGCAGAAUGCGACCCAAACGAGAACGCGUCGGUGACCGGUACCAUAGCCUCAGAAGAGAAAGCCAACUUUCCCCCAAACGAGUUUCCGUCAGGGAUUUUUGACAGGACCGUGGCUGUUCAGACGUUGAAAGUGAAUCCGGGAGGCGCGGUUAGGGUAUCGGAGUCCAGUGAAAGCGUCCUCACUGAACUGGAGGCGGAGGGGUCCGGGGAGGAAGAGCUCUUAUUACCUGGUCCAGUCGGCAACGUGUCCCCCAGAGGAGGCAAAGAAAAGCGCGCAAGACGGAACAGACUCAGCUCAUCCUCGGAUAAAGAGAGCUUUGCGUCCCCAGCCAGCGGUGAGGUAAACCAUUUCCCCGACGACCCCGAAUUUGCCGAGAUCGUCCAGAGGGCCGAGCAGGCCAUAGAGAACGGCAUUUUCCCCGAGAGGAUCUCGCAGGGGUCCAGCGGCAGCUACUUCGUGAAGGAUCCCAAAGGGAAAAUAAUUGGAGUGUUUAAACCAAAAUCUGAAGAGCCUUACGGACACCUGAACCCAAAAUGGACCAAAUACUUCCACAAGGUUUGCUGUCCCUGUUGUUUCGGGAGGGGCUGCCUCGUCCCCAACCAAGGCUACCUCUCAGAGGCCGCCGCCUCGCUCGUCGACCAAAAACUGGGAUUGGAGGUCGUGCCCAAAACCAAGGUGGUGUUUCUUGUCAGUGAAACGUUUCACUACAAUGCAAUCGAUCGUGCAAAGUCCAGGGGAAAGAAGUACGCUCUAGAGAAGGUUCCCAAAGUGGGCCGGAGGUUUCACAGAGUCGGACUGCCUCCUAAGGUGGGCUCCUUUCAGCUCUUCGUGGAGGGCUACCGGGAGGCCGACUUCUGGCUCAGGAGGUUUGAGGCCGACCCCCUUCCGGAGAACAUGAGGAAACAGCUGCAGUUCCAGUUCGAGAGGCUGGUGGUACUGGACUACGUCAUUAGAAACACCGACCGGGGAAAUGACAACUGGCUGAUCAAGUACGAGAAGCCUGGUAGCACCGAAGUCUCUGAAAAGGGCACUGAAUGGACGGCGAAUAAAGACCCCGCCAUUAAAAUCGCAGCGAUUGACAACGGGCUGGCGUUCCCCUUCAAACACCCAGACGAGUGGAGAGCCUAUCCGUUUCACUGGGCGUGGCUGCCCCAGGCCAAGGUGCCCUUCUCCCAGGAGACGCGGGAGCUGGUCCUGUCCCGCCUGUCGGACAUGAACUUCGUGCAGGACCUCUGUGAAGACCUGUACGAGAUGUUCAAGACGGAUAAAGGAUUUGACAGAGCUACGUUUGAAAAACAGAUGUCCGUAAUGAGAGGACAGAUUCUGAACCUCACCCAGGCAUUGAAGGACGGUAAGAGCCCAAUCCAGCUGGUGCAGAUGCCCCGCGUGGUGGUAGAACGCAGCAGCGGGGGCAGCCAAGGCCGCGUGGUGCAGCUGGGCAACGCCUUCACCCAGACAUUCCACUGCAAGAGGCCCUUUUUCACCUCCUGGUAGAGGGACUGGGCACUAGGAAAGCCCCUGGCCUGGUGGGGCCUCUCCUGCCCUGCUAAGCUGAAGACCGCUUUUCUACACAAAUGGAAUUCCGUUUGGAAUAUGAAGGGAGCAAAUGUAUUGGAAAGAAGCUGGGAAGCUUCUCAACUGCCAAAACAAUUGAGACUUAAUGAAAACUAGUUGAAAGAAUGAAACUUGACUAUGGUGGAAACAAAGUGUUGCUUGAAUGUAACUGCAAGUUUACAAUUUUUAUGUCUUCUCUCCGACAUUACAGUGUAGAAGAAUACUGCUGUUGACAAUAGUAUUUUUAUACAAUGAAUGUAUUUGCCCAUUGACUUGUAUUUAAAUGCUGGCUGCAGUAUACUGGCCCCCUGGAUUCGACUGGAGGAGCUUAUCUUUUCCCUUCUCACGUGGCUUAAAAAGGAUUAGCACGCCCGUUCAGACAACUAUGGUACACAACUCUUGUAUGCAUCUUGGAUUUUUAUUCUACUGAAAUAUGAUUGUAAAAGUAGUUUGAAAUGUAUUUAACUUAAGUGAUCAAAUUGAAUAAAUUUGGAAACUGGUUUAAUAUGAA